GGUUUUGCAAGCGUCGCGUGAGACUCGAGGUCCGAAGAUGGAACGAAACUUGGUGAAAACAUUGGAUGACACGCAUGACAAGGAAGGAAUUAUUGGCUGUAUUUUGGCUGAUCACGCUGGUCUCUGUCUUGGAGUUAAGGGCGAUGCAUCGAGCGACAGUGCUGGGUUGAUAGCGGCCAUAGCGGAUCUAGUUGCAAAAUUGGAACCGAAAUCUGGAUCACCAAUUAUAUCGCUUCAAAAUGAUAACAAGCAGUGUAUUAUACUUCGUAAGGAACCUGUAGUUGGUGCUAUAUAUAAAGACAUAUCGAUUUGAAAUAAUCACUGUUAUAUAAGUAUGGCUGAACUUAUAAUAUUUAUAUUCAA